UCUAACACACCACACAGACGAAAAAUAACAUUUUCACAUAAAUACACAUAUAUUUUUUUUUCCCUUUUUCGUUAGGAUUCAUAUAACAAAUCCCAAAAUUCCCGUACUUGAAUUCGAAAUGGUGGUUCACCUCCAUAGAUGAAUUCGUUCGGAAGCAAAACUCCUUCGGAGAUGUGCUUUGAUGACUCUCUACAGGCACGCCAACGAACCGCCAUUACCGGAGAGAAGAUCAGCUAUCGCCGGCGACCAUGUCGGUCGAGCUCUUCGCAAGGGGAAGAGAUUUCCAUUUCCCACUCCAAGGCUGAAGCUCUCUCGCUGGCUUUUCCUCUUCGCUUUCAUCUUUCUCAUUUACCUCGUCGUCUUCGGCCUAAAAACGCCAUUUUUUGAUAGUAGCUUUGAAGUAAAUGAUUUGGCCCAUAGGGCACAUCCGAUAGAAGAUAAUGAUUUAGUACAGCAAGGAGUUCACCAUCAUAUUUCGGGAUCUGAUUUAGUAGAGCAAGAUGCUCGACAUAAUUUUUCGGGAUCUGAUUUGGUACAGCGAGAAGUUCAACAUACUUUUUCGGGAUAUAAUGUUGGGAGACCACCACUCCCCAAAAGCAAAAGCAGCAAGCGCCGUAGACUGCAUUUGCCUUGCGAAAUUGUCUUUGCGAAAUCAGUUGAGUAUCUUAUUGAACCAAGGGACCUCAUUCACUUUACACAAUUUUCACUAGAAUAUAUAGAGCGAGAAGAAAAGGCUUCUUGGAACAAAGUUUUUGAACCUAGAUUUGGAGGACACCAGACACUUGAGGAAAGAGAACAAUCCUUCCAGGCCAAGAAUCAAACUCUUCAUUGUGGCUUUGUGAAAGGACCACCAGGGUACCCUAGCACUGGAUUUGAUUUAGAUGAGAAGGACAAGGAAUACAUGAAUACCUGUAAGAUUGUAGUUUCUUCAUGCAUCUUUGGCAACUCUGACUUUUUGAGGAGGCCAGCAAGGAAAACAAUAAGUGACUUUUCGAAGAAGCAUGCAUGCUUUAUUAUGUUUGUGGAUGAACAGACACUGUCAAACCUGUCAUCGGAGGGAAGUGUUCCUGAUGAUGGAGGAAAUAUUGGCUUAUGGAGAAUAGUUGUCGUGAGGAAUUUUCCUUACAAGGACAUGCGGAGAACUGGAAAGGUGCCAAAAUUUUUAUCACAUCGACUCUUCCCUUCAUCCAGGUAUUCAAUUUGGCUUGACAGCAAGAUGCGGCUUCAGAAUGAUCCAAUGCGUAUUCUUGAAUACUUCUUAUGGAGGACAAAAUCCGAAUAUGCCAUAUCGAACCAUUAUGAUCGCCACUGUGUGUGGGAGGAGGUACUCCAAAAUAAGCGCCUAAAUAAGUACAACCACACGGCCAUUGAUGAGCAGUUCAUUUUUUACCAGUCUAAUGGCCUCACGAAGUUUGACCCAUCAAACCCAAAUAAUCCCCUUCCAAGCAAUGUUCCUGAAGGUUCCUUCAUAGUUCGGGCACAUACACCAAUGUCAAACCUAUUCUCCUGCCUUUGGUUUAAUGAAGUUGACCGAUUCACCUCUCGUGAUCAACUAAGUUUUGCAUACACUUUCCUGAAGUUGAAGAGAAUGAACCCAGAUAAACCGUUCUACCUUAAUAUGUUUAAGGACUGUGAGCGCAGAGCACUAGCAAAGUUAUUCCAACACAGGGUAUUGCCACCUCCUCCAGCUGCUUCGUGAUCAAUUGAAAUUCUUCACACCAUUUUUCUGACAUUUCAAUUUUCAACUAAACGAGGAAUCCUCGAUUGCUACAUCAAAAAAGGAAAUGGAAGUAGAACCAGUCCAUCUCGGAUGAGCUUUAUGGGAUUUUUCAGAAUAGGCUCUUUCAAAGUUGGUUCGGUAGAUUACUUUGCCGUUGCUGCUAAGGGAAAGGCUGUAGAUUUUUUUGCAUCGUGGUAUGUAGCACAGAGAGAGAGAGAGAGAGAGAGAGAGAGAAACAAAUCGCAGACUGUUUAUACAUUAUGACAAGGUCCACAACUAUUGCUUGUUCUUGAAAGCUUACAAAAGUGGAGGACAAGUCAAGUUUGUUGUUCAGUAUUCUCAUAGUCACUAGGUCUCUUUUAUUAUUAUUAUUAUUAAAUUGCAUGAUCUCCAGUUAUAGAAAGUUCAUGUAAAUGGGACGUACGCGUUGAUAAUAGAAAAGCCAGUGUAUAUUUAUAGAAAACCGGCUCUGAAAGAACGGGUGAAGAAG